AUGGCUACCUUUAGCUCCGAAGAAGUGCGAGCCGCAAGAGAUGUAGGCACAGGCGAUGUCAAGAUCGAUGGGUCCCUUGAAUUUGUGCACGAAGUUGGCGGCAACGACUCGAAACCGUCCUAUCAGGAAGCGUCAGGCGCCCCAGUUGAAAAUAUCUCUCCUCUCGGGACGCACGUAGGAUGGCUCACGACGAUAUUUUUGAAUAUUGGUCAGAUGAUUGGGACUGGAGUCUUUUCAACUCCGGGUUCGAUACUCAAGGGAGUUGGCUCAGUCGGAUUGAGCAUGAUUUUUUGGGCAAUCGGUCUUCUUAUUGCUGGCUCGCAACUCGCUGUUUACACAGAGUUGGCUAGCUACUUUCCCAAUCGCUCCGGGGCUGAGGUCGUGUACCUCGAACAAGCUUAUCCGCGACCAAAGUACCUUCUGCCAACUGCUUUCGCUGUUCAAUCUGUGAUACUUUCGUUCAGUAGUAGCAAUGCUAUCGUGAUGGCUCAGUACCUCUUCGCGACUGGCGGUUAUACGCCAUCCGCUUGGGAGCAGAAAGGCCUUGCCGUGGGCUGUAUUACUUUCAUUAUCUUAUUGGUCAUAUUUAGCACCAAAUGGUCGCUUCGCCUCUCGAAUGCCGUUGGGAUCAUAAAGAUCAUCACUUUAGUCUUUAUUAGUAUAACUGGACUCGUUGUUCUGGGGGGACACACAAGAAUCAAAGAUCCACACGCCAACUUCCGGGACUCCUUUUCAGGAACCACGGGCAGUGGAUACGGGUUGGCAAACGCGUUGGUCAAAAUCAACUUUGCUUAUUUUGGCUUCACAAACGCAUUCAACGUAGUGGCUGAGGUCAAGAGACCAAUCCAAACCCUCAAGAAAACAGCACCUGCAUCCCUCCUCGUAGUGGCCAUUCUCUACAUUCUCUGCAACAUCGCGUACUUUGCAGCAGUACCGAAAAAGUCCAUCGCAAGUUCAAAACAACUGGUCGCCUCACUAUUUUUCACAGCUGUCUUUGGUAAUAAACAUGCCUCUAGAGCACUUAAUUUCUUGAUUGCACUUAGUGCAUUUGGCAACAUCAUCUCGGUCAUCAUCGGGUCCUCUCGAAUCAUUCGAGAGUGCGGCCGCCAAGGAGUCCUCCCCUGGCCAAGAGUCUGGGGCUCCACUCGUCCGUUCGGGACGCCCCUCGCGGCAUAUGGUUUGAAAUGGGGUUUGACCGUACUCAUGAUCGUCGCGCCACCCGCUGGAGACGCAUUCAACUUCAUUGUCGAUCUCCAGUCAUACCCAUCGAACGUCUUUCUCUUCCUCACAACGUUCGGGCUGUUUCUCAUCCGGCGCAGCCGUGCGAGGAUCGGUAUCGAGAGGGCGGAAUUCCGAACCUGGAAUGUGGCCAUUCUCUUCUCCCUGGCUGUCAAUAUUUUUAUCCUUAUUAUGCCAUGGUUCCCACCUACCGGAGGCCGCUACGGAGGCGACGUUUCCUUUUGGUACGCUACGUAUUGUGCUGUCGGGGUUGCUAUUCUCGCUCUCUGUGGCAUCUACUACGCCUUCUGGAUCUACAUCAUCCCCCACUUUGGGAAAUAUCGCAUUCGCCAAGAGCUGGUACAGCUGGAUGAUGGAAGCGCCAAAGUACAUCGCCUGGUCAAAGUACCACUUGCGGACCUGGGAACUUGGGAUGCGGAGCAUGAUGUUCUCGGGCAGAAAUUACAGGACUUUGCUGGAUCCGAAAGCGAUGGUGCUGAGCGCGUAAAGAUCUCAAAGGAAACAUGA